GUCAUGGCCAGCCUGCAAGCCAUCAAAUACACUCGAGGGAGUCUGGAGGUGUUGGACCAGCUCAAACUCCCCCACGAGCAUCACUACGACGAGGUGUCGACAUGUGAGGAGGCCUUUGACUGCAUCAGGUCCAUGAGGGUCCGUGGAGCUCCGGCCAUCGCCAUUGUCGCUGCUCUUGCGCUGGCUGUCGAGCUGAAUCGCGGAGCUUGCAAAGCUGAAUCCGUUGACGAUACAAUUUCCUACAUCGACAGUCGGCUAGACUACUUAAAGGGAUCUCGCCCUACCGCCGUGGACCUGACUAACGCCAUCAAUCACCUCAAAACCGCCAUCCGCUCGCCUUCGCAGGAGACCACCAGUGCCGUCCCCACGCCCACGCCAAAGGAUGCGGUGCUGGACACCUUCAUCGCCACUGCAGAGGCCAUCCUCGCCAAGGACCUGCAGACCAACCUCUCCAUAGGCGAGCACGGGGCGGGGUGGCUGGCAGAGCAACACAGGAUCUCAUCCUCCUCUCCCGCUAGCCGGAUCUCUGUGCUCACACACUGCAACACCGGCUCGCUCGCCACCUCGGGCCACGGCACUGCCCUGGGCAUCAUCCGGACCCUGCAGGCUAAGGGUCUGCUGAAGCAUGCGUUUUGCACAGAGACCCGCCCCUACAACCAGGGUAGCCGUCUGACCUCCUUCGAGCUCGUGUUCGAGGGAAUCCCAUCCACUUUGAUCACGGACUCGAUGGCUGCCGCGCUGUUCCGCUUGAAGAAGGCCGACAUGAACAUCGGCGCAGUCAUUGUGGGCGCAGACCGCGUGGUCCGCAACGGCGACACGGCCAACAAGAUCGGCACUUACCAGCUCGCCGUGUUGGCGUGGCAUCACGGGGUAAAGUUCGUGGUGGCCGCGCCGACCACCUCGGUAGACCUAGAGACGGAGACGGGCGACGGCAUCAAGAUCGAGGAGAGGAAGGCGGAGGAGCUGACACAGAUCAGUGGGGCGGUCGUGGGCGCCGAUGGGAAGGUGGAUGUCAGCAGCACGGCGAGGGUGGCCAUUGCCGACCAGAGAAUCAACGUGUGGAACCCGGCCUUUGAUGUCACGCCUGCAGAGCUCAUUGACGCCAUCGUGACGGAGAAGGGCGCCGUGGUCAAGAACACCGACGGCAAAUUCGAUUUCAGCGAGGUCAUGCCUGAGCGGUGGGCAAAGAUUGUGGGCGGCCAGUGA